AUGUCCACUCUCACUGUACCAAUUGAAUCAGUAGCUGCGAAGGGCAACACAGCGGUGCACACGCGCACGCGUUCAUCGAGCUUCAUAAGGGCGUUAGCGGAUGUGCAGCCGCAGGGGGAGCACAGCGACACCUUUUCCGCGCCUAUUCUCAGUGACAACUACACCAUUCCUCAACUACUGGAUCACCACUGCAAACAUUCUGCUAAACAUAUCUCAAUCAUCACGCCUAAUACUUGUUAUUCCCUCGCCGAUCGCGCUUUUGCUGCAUAUCGCGGCGUUGCUUAUCUGCACGAAUCGCUCCAAGGCUUAGAGCCAGGUAGCACGGUUGCCUUCUUGGCUGAAACGGAGCCAGUAGUGUAUUCGACGAUGGUACUAGCAGCGAUGCGGGCAGGCUAUGUGCCGUUUCCAAUCAGCAGUCGCAACUCGAUCGCCGCUAUAGGGCACCUCCUCACGACUACCAGCUGCAAACAUCUUCUCUACACAAGCACUAGCGGCCAGCUUCGGAACCUUGCUGAGAGCGCCGCGAGUGCCGUGAGCGCUGAGAGUGGUUCAACGGGAAUGCAAAUGCAAAUGCAGCUGGCGCGGAUGCCGACGCAUGACGAACUCUACGUCAACAAAGGCACACGGCCAACAGCCUCAACAUCGCCACCACCACCAGACUUAUGCCCGUCUCUCGACGCACCAGCACUCAUCAUCCACUCAUCCGGUUCGACCAAUUUCCCUAAACCGGUUAGGCAGACGCACCGGCAUGUCAUGCAGUGGGGCCGCGUGCCCUACUACGGUAGCAGCGACGUGUGCUCUAGGAUAAUGUUCGCGGGCUGUUUACCGACGUUUCAUGCGAUGGGCGUCAUCUUCCAGAUUGCCAUCCCUCUCACGACGGGUAUGCAAGUGGGGUGUUUCCAAGUACUCUCCCCGCCCACUUUCCCCACAGCAGCCAAUAUCCUGCGCGGGGUGCGGGACCUUCACGCAAAUCUUGUCAUAGCCCCCGCUUCUGUUAUUGCGGAUUGGAGCGGGGACGGCGAGGCGGUAGAAACACUGCGCAAUCUCGAUGCCGUUAUGUUCGGAGGCAGUCCACUGAGCGAGGAUGUGGGCGACGCGCUCGUCCGCCAGGGCGUGAAGCUGUCGAAUCAGUAUGGAUCCACCGAAUGCGGACACACUACGUCCUUCUUCACUCCGCCAGCACCUGAUUGGCAAUACAUCACACUGUCGCCACACACCAAACCGCGUUUCAUCGCCGACGCGGGUGGUGGUGGUGUGAGCGAGCUGCAGUUCGUAGCGUGUGCUAGUCACGUGCCUGCCGUGAGCAACGUCGGCAAAGUGGGGAAUGCCGGUGAGAGCGCCAUAAGCACACAGACAUACGCCACCAACGAUCUCGUAAAGCUCCACCCACGCCAGCCCAACCGCGUCCGCAUCGUCGGGCGCAAAGACGACCAAAUUAUGCUGCUCAACGGCGAGAAAACUAAUCCUACACCUCUCGAGAUGAUCAUUGCGGAAAGUCCACACGUAAGCCGUACUGUUAUGUUCGGUAGAGGGCGCCGUGUGAAUGGGGUGUUGGUUGAGCGUGAGAGUGGAGAAAGUGAGACACACUCACACUCCCGCUUCGUCGAAUCGAUUUGGAUGGAUAUAGAGCGCGCGAACAAGAUGGCCCCGCAACACAGCCGUAUUCUGCCCAACUACGUCCUGGUGGCAGACCCUAACCGACCCUUCCCGCUCACGCCCAAAGGCAGUGUUAAGCGCGCGGCGACGCUGGAACAGUAUGCGGGGGACAUAGACGCGCUAUACGAGCGGGAGAGCGGGGACACGAACGAAAAUAAAGAGGGUAAUGUGGAAACGACGGCGACCAUAACCACACAAAACGCGCAUCAAGUUGUUGCGGACAUACUGAGCGACCUCCUCCCAGGCGGACAGGUAGAUUCUACCACGCACCUCUUCACGCAAGGCUGCGACAGUCUGCUAGCAACGCUGAUCCACAACCGGUUGCGCAACGCGCUGCCGGGGACACACAGGGGACGUCUGGGCAAGAAUGUAGUGUUCGACCAUCCGCGGCUGGGCGAUCUCACGCGCCACGUCGUUGCACUGCUCAACAACAAACUUGCCACACCUUCAGCCCUCCUCCCCAAGCAGGACCUGCAGCGGAUGAUCAGGCGCUACGCUAGCGGGUCUUGGGGGCGGCAGGUGCACAAUCAGACGCAGACACAAAUGUACUCCCACACAUCCCCGCAACAGCACGUUUAUCUCGUCACUGGCACGACCGGAAGUUUAGGUAGCUAUCUGCUCAGCGCGCUUGUCGCCUCGACAAAGUGCGCGCGGGUGUAUGCCGCGAACAGACCUCAUCCAUCAAAAACGCUUGUCGAGAGACAGAAGGCGGCGCUCAGGAGCCGCGGGCUGGACGAGUCCGUCGCGGACAGCAGCAAGGUGCACCUGCUCGAGAUGGAUCUCGGCAGGCCGGUGACCGAUGUAGCUGGUCUUGAUAGCGUCACGCACAUCAUACAUAACGCUUGGACAGUCAACUUCAACCUCCCCCUGAAGUGUUUCGAAAGCGACCUCGCGAGUCUGCGGCAUCUCACAGAGUUGGCCUUGUCCACUGCACAGCCCGCGCACCUCACCUUUCUGUCGUCUAUUGGUGUGUUGGCCAAUUGGACACGAGAGAGCGUCGUCCCGGAGGAGAUGGUGCUCAAUGAAGAUGUCGCGCUGGGACUGGGCUAUGGCGAGUCCAAAUAUGUAGGCGAGAGGAUGCUCGCUGCAGUUAGCCAGCAAACGGGUCUCAAGACGUCCAUUAUCCGCUCGGGUCAGCUAGCCGGUAGUCGAACAUCGGGCAGCUGGAACGACAACGAGUGGCUGCCGAGUAUCAUCAGGAGUGCAUCGUCGUUGGGCUGUCUUCCGGAGGGAGGUGACGACGUGGCGUGGUUGCCAGUAGAUACGGCAGCACAAGCUGUGCUCGAUAUCAGCAGCAGCACAUGCACAACAACUAGCAGCGUCUUUUCGCUCACUCACCCCCAGCCCGUGUCUUGGAAUAGCGUCAUGAUGGCUGCUGCUACGCGCAUAGGCGUGCCGCUCGUCAGUUAUACCGAGUGGCUGCGUAGACUUGAUGAGGUUGAUAGCGCUGCGACGGAAAGCGAGCUGGGUAAUGCGAUGGAGAGGAUUCCGGCACUUAAACUUAAAGCCUUCUUCAGUCACUCCACUCUAUCACCCAACAAGAGAGAGUUUGUGGAGGCGCUGGGAAACCCGCGUCUGUCAACUUCAAGAAGCUGUAGCGUGUCUGAAACACUCAAGCAGUGCUCGGAGCUGAGUGAGAGUGAUAUGAUGAAAUGGAUGGAUUACUGGGGGAUGUGA